UGAAUUAAAAAUUUAACAAAAUGUUGAUCGAAUUAAUAUUGUUGGUGGUCAUACUGCUGAUGGUACACCAACGUUGGACAAAAAGAGACAUCUACAAGCUGGGGGAGCAAUUGAAUUCUGGAAUAAGGUCGUUCCCGCUUAUUGGACACAGUUAUUUGUUCUUCGGUGAUAGUGUGGCACGAAUGAAAGCCUUUCAAGUUUUGGGUUUGGAUGCAUUGAAAAAGGAAAAUGGUUUAACAUCGCUGUGGCUUGCAAAUCGACUGUAUACUAUUGUCGCUGAUCCUGAAGCAGCAGACACUAUACUGAAGAGCAUUUCAGAAAAAGACGACAUCAUUAGAAUGGCUUCAGUUUUCAUUGGAAAUGGUUCUAUAUUUGCUCCAGUUUCAAUUUGGCGUCCACGGCGAAAAGUUUUAGUACCAACGUUCAGUACAAAGAAUUUGAAAUAUUUUAUGACGAUAUUCGCAAGUGAAAGCGAUAUUCUAGUAAAAGAAAUAGGAAGAGCAGCUGGAAAUGCUCCAAUUUCAAUAUUUAAGUACUUCACUGCUUUCACGAUGGAUGCUAUUGCGCGAACAACGAUGGGUUACAAAAUGAACGCCCAAAAAGACUCGAGUCAUUUCUUCCUGAAAGGAUUUGAUAUGGGACUUGAUAGCUUUGCAGAGCGCAUUUGUCAGCCAUGGCUACACAGUGACGCAAUAUACAAAAAUCUUCCCUUGUACUCUAGACUGAUGAAACACAAGAAAGAAAUGUGGGACUUUAUGACUGAGUUGAUAAGAAAUAAACGGAGAGAGAUCAAAGAUAAAAAUCUGACACAGGAACAGUAUGAAAAUUCUUCAGAAUACAACCAAACGACGUUUUUGGAGAGUCUGAUGAGAUUGUCUGGUGGUGACGACGGUUACACGGAUGAUGAAAUAGUAGAGGAGCUACUGGUGAUCAUGGUAGCUGGUACUGACACAUCAGCAGUUGGAGCUUCUUUCGUAUCUGUAGUUCUCUCCAGAUACCCUGAAAUACAGAAAAAAGUUUUUAAAGAGUUACAAGAAGUAUUCGGUGACUCUGACCGGCAAGCAACCUUCGAGGAUAUACCUCGGCUGAAGUACCUUGAAGCAGUGAUCAAGGAAACACUUCGACUGUACGCACCAGUACCGGUGAUGACCAGAAAAGUAGAAAAAGAUCUUUAUUUGCCCUCUGGUAUCAAGCUGGUGCCUGGCACCGGUAUCAUGAUAAACAUCUGGGCUAUGCACCGUAACCCUCGCUACUGGGGAGAUGAUGUGGAGCAGUUCCGGCCUGAAAGGUUCAUUGACACACCGCUCAAACAUCCAGCUGUCUACAUGCCAUUCAGUUAUGGACCUAGAAACUGUGUUGGCUACCAAUACGCCAUGAUGUCGAUGAAGACGAUGCUAUCUACAGUACUACGACGUUACAAGUUCCUGCCUGCCACCCAACCUGACAAGAACUCUGAGUUCCCCCCACUGCGCCUUAAAUUCGACAUUAUGAUGAAAGAUGAAGAUGGUUUCCAAGUAUGUGUUGAGCCCCGAUCAAAACUGGCUUAAACAAAGUAUUAUUAAGAUUAGUAAAAC